AUGUUUAGGAGGUAUGGUAACCCGGCGGCGGAGGCUGAAAACGCGACAGCUCCGAUAGAGGUGUGGUGGGACAUGAAGGGCUGUCCGGUUCCCGAGGGUUAUGAUGCUGGUCGGGUGCGUCCCAGUUUAGAAGCUGCGUUCAAGAAGCUAGGCUACUCUGGUCCUGUCUCCAUCACUGCCUAUGGCGACCAUAAACAGACCCCUGAUGACCACCUGCGAGGGCUCUCUUCGACCGGAGUCUCUAUUGCACAUACCAAACCCGAAAGCAUAUGCUCACUCAUGUAUUCUGACAUGCUGGAGUGGCGAGCUCAGAAUCCUCCUCCGGCGACAAUGAUGCUCAUAUCCGAUCAGGUGGAAGAGGUCUUCUCUUGGGAUCUGGCCAGGCUACAACAAGCCACCAUGUACAACCUUUUCGUGGCUUAUCCAUCCAAGCCUCAAGCUUUUUUCUCAUCUUCAGAUCUGGAGACUGGUGCAGAUUGGCUCUGGAAUGAAUUACUUGAGCUCGGAAUCAGUACGGAAUCGUGCAGUGAAUUAUCAGCCGCCAUGUUUUAUUGCAAAUCGUGCUGUUUCCGUGGCCAAAGCCUCAAGGGUUUCAGGAAGCAUCUCUCCAGUAGAAAGCAUGCAGUGCAAGAGGUUCUAAACCGUACGCAUCCAGACCUUGACCAGGUAACGAGGAAGUGGGGAAAGAACUACGCGGCGGAGCCUGAAUACGCGACAGCUCCAAUAGGUGUGUGGUGGGACAUGGACGACUGUCCGAUUCCCGAGGGUUAUGAUGCUCGCCAGGUCCGUGCGAGUAUAGAAGCUGCGUUCAAGAAACUAGGCUACUCUGGUCCUGUCUCCAUCACUGCCUAUGGCGACCAUAAACAGACCCCUGAUGACCACCUGCGAGGGCUGUCUUCCACUGGAGUCGCUCUUGCACAGACCAUUCCCGAAGUCACAUACAAGCGCAUGGGUUCAGACAUGAGGGAAUGGCGAGAUCAAAAUCCUCCCCCGGCUACAAUGAUGCUCAUAUCCGAUUAUGCGGAACAUGUCUUCUCAGGCCUUACAAAAUGUCAGUCCUGCUCACUUGUGCCGAGUGGCUUUGGGAAAGCUUACUUGCAGAGACAAGAAGACACCUUCUUCGCAAGUGCAGUGAAAGUGAAAGGGGUGGUGAAUCUACCGAAAUGUUCUAUUGCAAAUUGUGCUUUUGUGAUUGCAAAAGCCUUGAUGGUUUCAGGAACCAUCUCUCAAUUGGUGCCCAACAUGAAUGGAAAGAGCGUGCUAUUAGAGAGAAUAUUGAAUCACACAACUACGAUCGAGAGCAAUGUCAAAAGGCGGAAAUACUUGAAAAUUUUCCAAAGAGCAAACGUUUGA